GGUAAUAGCGAGAAUCCAAGCGACUUGUUCAUUCUCGAACGGCCAUGACUCUGCUGCGGUCCCUCGUGCUGGUCUCUCUGUUAUUUAACCCGAGCUUUGCAGCCGUGUCCAAGGCGAUAGCGUUCUACCAUGGCAACACGUGCUCGACGCCAUUAAGUAUGCAGGUCACCAAUUCCUCGUCAAUCUGCUCACCGCAGCCGUGUACCCAUAUCGAGUUCGGCGCCAAUAUGUAUUACUACAACACAACUUGUAUGGACAUUGACACGGACACACACACGUAUAUAACGGCAGCGUUCUCAGGUACAAGACACAUCGUGAUCGACCAGUUCCGACAGCCCAAUUGCAGUAGCGAGACGUACGCAUGGACACACGCACUUCAAGACUUGGCUCACUGCGUUCCCUACGCGAUUUCCUCCGUUUCUUUGGCUAAAAACGCGUCAAGUAUCGCCACAAUAAUCGACAACGAAUCCAUCAACGUGCAAUUCUUCCCUGCCACCAAUUGCAGCUUCCCACCUGCGUCUGUAGCAUUACCAAACAAGACUGAGGUGGCGUCACACAAAUGUUACCAAGCCAGCAAGUUUUACAUUACAGAUAGCAGCCAAACGUCAAACUCCAUGCACGCUGAAGUAACAAACACGUCGUCUUCAGGAACAUUCGUAGAGCCUCAAAGCACGACUGCUAGUGUACAAAAGCGUCCCGGCGUAACAUUCGUCGCUAUUACCAUCGCAGUCGUCUUGAUUCUCGGCGCAAUCGGCGUCGUAACGUGGAAAUGGCGAUCAACGAAGCGAAUGUUACAACCACGUAACACUGAGAACGACAGCGUCGCAAUGCUAGAAGAUGAUGCAAUCUUCAUGUCCAAACCUUUAAGCGGUCGUACAUUUCUCCCUAGUAGCACGUGCUCAACUUUCCAAGAGCAAACGACGCGCUCCUUCGCUCCUGCGCUCUCCAGUUUCAACUCGACUUAUCACGUCUCAGGGCCUGGAUCGAGUUCCAGCUUGACACUUCCAGGGACGACAAUGACUCGUCCGUGGGAAGACGAUUUCGUCCUGGCAGCGCGUAUCCCUCGGGAUAAGGUCGUUGUGGUCCAACUACUCAGUCGAGGAGGCUUCGGUGUCGUGUAUUCGGGUCUCUACAAUGGUCGACGUGUCGCUGUCAAGAUGCUGUUACCCGAAACUCGACGUAGUAUUUCCCACGCUGUCGACCUAUUGGCCGAAGUGAAGAUGAUGGCAGCUAUGGACCAUCCUCAUAUUGUCGAGUUUAUCGGAGUAGCUUGGGACUCGUUGACGAACAUGUGUGUCGUAUCGGAAUUUAUGGCUGGAGGCGACUUGAAGGCCUUGCUAAGUGACUACGAAGAGCAGAAACACCCUAAGGGUUUCAACAGGGAUAAACUCAAGAUCGCUCUACAUCUGGCACAUGGCUUAACGUACAUGCACUCGCUGGAUCCUCCGAUAAUCCAUCGAGAUCUCAAGUCUAAGAACGUCUUGUUGAACGAAAAACUAGACGCAAAACUCACGGAUUUCGGUACGUCUCGAGAGCGAGUGAACGAGUCGAUGACUGGAGGCGUUGGAACGUGCUUGUGGAUGGCUCCAGAGGUGAUGAUUGGGGACAGAUACGACGACAAAGCAGAUAUGUUUUCCUUUGGCGUCGUGUUGUCGGAGCUGGACACACAUCUAUCACCCUACUGGCAUGCUAAAGACCCGAAUGAUUCGAGUCGGCAGAUGCCCGAGCCAGCUAUUCUGCAAAUGGUAGCGACCGGGAAGCUACACGUCAAGUUCUCGAAAGAAGCGGUUAAAGCUGUUGUGGAACUGGGGAAUGCCUGUGUAUCUCUGGAUCCUGCAACACGACCGACAGCGUCUGAUGCACUCUAUAAGCUCCACACGAUUCUAGCAAGCAACGUUGAGAAAGAUGGCAUUGCUGUUAAGUAA